AGGCCGGUGCGGGCGCGGAGGGGCAGCGGCGGGGCGCCGGCGACCAGCCCGAGACGCGCUCCGUGUGCAGCAGCCGCAGCAGCAGCAGCGGCAGCGGCGAAAGGCGCGCCGGACACCAGCACCAGCACCAUCAGCCCAUCUGCAAGAUCUGCUUCCAGGGCGCCGAGCAGGGUGAACUGUUAAACCCCUGCCGGUGUGAUGGGUCUGUUCGGUACACACAUCAGCUGUGCCUCUUAAAGUGGAUUAGUGAGCGUGGCUCUUGGACCUGCGAGCUCUGCUGCUACAGAUACCACGUCAUAGCCAUUAAAAUGAAGCAGCCUUGCCAGUGGCAAAGCAUUUCUAUAACACUGGUUGAGAAAGUUCAGAUGGUUGCUGUAAUCCUAGGAUCCCUGUUCUUGGUAGCGAGUGUGACUUGGCUCCUCUGGUCAGCCUUCAGCCCCUAUGCCGUGUGGCAGAGGAAGGACAUCCUUUUCCAAAUCUGCUAUGGAAUGUAUGGUUUUAUGGACCUAGUGUGCAUAGGUCUCAUUGUCCACGAAGGAGCUGCAGUUUACAGAGUGUUUAAGCGCUGGCGAGCCGUUAAUUUGCACUGGGAUGUACUAAAUUAUGACAAAGCCACAGACAUCGAAGAAAGUAGCCGGGGAGAGUCUUCCACAAGUAGGACUUUAUGGUUGCCCCUGACGGCUCUGCGGAACAGAAACUUGGUCCACCCGACGCAGCUGACCUCCCCGCGGUUUCAGUGCGGCUACGUGCUACUCCACCUGUUCAACCGCAUCAGGCCCCGUGAGGAUCUCUCAGAGGAUAACAGCUCGGGGGAGGUCGUGAUGAGAGUGACUUCAGUGUGACCGGCGCAUACCGUGACAGUGUGGGCCGCCCUGCACAUGUUGGAAUGUAAUCACAAUGAAUGGUGAAACCACAGCGCUUGUACAAGACACUCAGUCUAUGAACUUUUUGAAAUUUAUGCUUUUUAUAUGAACAUUUGAAUUGCAAAUACAUUUUUCUGAGAAAA